GUAUAUGCUUGUAGCUGAAGCAGGGGCUACAAGGAGUAGAAGCCUUGUCAAGUAUGGAAGAAGUAAAGCUACUAGGAGCCUUGUCAAGUCCAUAUGCUCAUCGAGUCAUAUGGGCACUGAAACUCAAGGGUAUCAAAUAUGAAUAUGUAGAAGAGGAUAUAUACAACAAGAGUGAUAUGCUUUUGAAGUACAACCCUGUCCAUAAGAAGGUUCCUGUGCUUGUUCAUGGUGGGAAACCCAUAGCAGAAUCCGCUGUCAUUCUCGAGUACAUUGAAGAGACUUGGCCACACAACCCUUUGCUUCCAGAUGAUCCUCAUGAGAGAGCUGUGGCUCGGUUCUGGGUAAAGUUUGGAGAGGAUAAGAACAACAACUUGGUUGGCUUCUUUGUAACUACUGGAGAACAACAAGUGAAAGCAACAAAAGAAGUGAAAGAAAUUCUGGGAAUCCUAGAAGAGCAUGGUCUUGGGGAGAAGAAGUUUUUUGGUGGCAAUAACAUAGGAUUGGCUGACUUGGCCUUUGGAUGGAUAGCUUGCUUGCUGGAAACCAUGGAGGAAGCAGCUGGGGUCAAAGUGUUGGAGGCUGAUAGCUUCCCUCGCUUACAGGAAUGGAUCAAAAACUUCAAUGAAAUUCCAGCCAUUAAAGAGAGCCUUCACGAUCGCAAUGAGUUGUUGACACAUUUCAAGAGGCGAAGAGAACACUUUGUCUCCUCAGCAGCAUCAUAAACAUAUUAAACACUACUAGCAUCGGCUUGGUUUGCAAUUCAACAGCUUGUGUGCUCUCUCAUUCUCUGAAUCCAGUUCUCAAGAUAUGUUAUUCUAAAAAUAAGUUUGUGUGUCUGAGUGCUAAAAAACAUGGCUGUGUGACUGGUAAUUUAUUAGAUGUAUAAUGCUACAAGUACAGGUUUGCAAAUAUUGAGUGUUGUUUCCCCUAUAUUUUAAAAUGGUCAAGUUUUGAGACCAUUUUCCAGAUAAAUAGAAGUCACAAAUAAAUUGAUGUUUACUGUUUUUGUGUGUGUGUGUGUUUUGGAAGAAUGAAAUUGUGGGGUGUUUUGGCUAA